UGAUGAAGUGGCUGAACAUCACAAGGGUGGAAUUAGCUGGAAAUGUUAUUCUGUUAGAUGCACUAGGGAUUGAUGUCGUCUUUACACAGCUGACAUAGAGAUGGUGUAAACAGCGACGACACAGGGACAGUGACAGAAAUAGGCUUCUUCCUCAUCCUCUGCGAUGGACUGGAGCUCCGAGCCACCACUCUCGCCUACCAGUACUUCCCACCUGACACACUUCAAGCCCCUGACUCCUGAGCAGGAUGAGCCACCCCUGCGCUCUGCCUACAGCUCCUUCGUCAGUCUAUUCCGCUUCAACAAAGAAAAAACAGGUGCAAACAUUGCACCAGCAAAAAAGCUUGACGAAGAACGGCCUGCUUCAGUGAUGGAGAAAAGUCAGUCGGCUUCAUCAUCUCCGCAGGGCCCACGCCGCAACUGGUCGAGUCCCUCACAUUCUAUACAUGGAACCAAAACGCACAAGAAACAUUCAGAACAUCUCAGAAGAACAUCCACUGUGUCAGAGGGUCGACGGAAAUCAGAAGUUCCUCUGGGCAGCCACGACCCCCGGACUGCUGUCCAGCUCCGGACGGCUCUCAAGAGACUCAAGGAGAUCAUGGAAGGAAAGAGUCAGGACAGUGAUCUGAAGCAAUACUGGAUGCCGGACAGCCAGUGCAAGGAGUGCUAUGACUGCAACGAAAAAUUCACAACCUUCCGACGCCGUCACCACUGUCGACUAUGUGGCCAGAUCUUCUGCAGCCGUUGCUGCAACCAGGAAAUUCCUGGCAAGUUCAUGGGCUACACGGGUGAUUUACGGGCAUGUACUUAUUGUCGUAAGAUAGCGUUAAGCUACGCUCACUCAACCGAUUCGAGCUCCAUCGGCGAGGACCUGAGCGCUUUGUCAGACUCACCCUGCUCCGUGUGUGUGCUGGAACCCACCGAACCCCGUACACCUGUGGGAGGACGCAAAGCUAGCCGGAACAUUUUCCUGGAAGAGGACCUGGCCUGGCAAAGAAAAAAUUCCAUUGGGAUGAGGAAGAAUCUGGUCCAUCAGGAGUCUCAGAACAGCGGCCUUAGUUCCAGGCUUAAUGCAGUCCAAGAGGAUUUGGGCAAGUCACCAGCCAGGAAGAGGUCAGCGAGUGUGACCAACCUGUCUUUGGACCGUUCCGGCUCAUCCAUGGUUCCUACCUACGAGAGUUCAGUCAGCCCACAGAAUAGCCGGGCACUGCCUAAGACUGACCACAAUGAAGAAGAGCGAAAGAUCCUUUUGGAUUCUUCUCAACUUAAAGAUCUUUGGAAGAAGAUUUGCCACAACAGUACAGGGAUGGAGUUCCAGGAUCAUCGAUACUGGCUGCGUACUUACCCUAACUGCAUUGUGGGUAAAGAGUUGGUUAACUGGCUCUUACAAAAUGGUACUAUUUCUACUAGGGCUCAGGCCAUAGCCAUUGGACAGGCUUUAGUAGAUGGCCGCUGGCUUGACUGUUUAACCCAUAAUGAUCAGAUAUUUCGUGAUGAGUAUGCCCUCUAUCGACCCCUUCAGAGCACAGAGUUUUCGGAAACUCCCUCUCCAGACAGUGACAGUGUGAAUUCCCUGGAGGGACACUCCGAACCAUCAUGGUUUAAAGAUAUCAAGUUUGACGACAGUGACACUGAGCAGCUUGCGGAUGAAAAUUACUAUGUCACACCAAGCUCAGCCAGCCCCAGCAAAAGAACUUCGGUCAGCAGUUUCCACUCUGCGGUAGACAGUGACUCGGCCGCCUCCAUCAACCUGAAUGUGGAGCAGGACAAUGUCAAUUUCCACAUCAAGAAGCAGGCCAAGUACCCCCAUGUGCCUCCAUAUCCAGCCGAGCAAAAAAGUAUGGAGCCCUAUGACCCAUUCACCCCAGAAACCGACAUCCAUGCACCAAUGGAAGUCCUGUUCUCUGAAGAUGGAGGUCAGCAUAUAUCCAUCAGUGAUGCUUUCAUCAAAGAGUCUUUGUUUAACCGGAGAGUUGAGGAGAAAGCUAAAGAGAUGCUGUUCACUCCUCUCAGCUGGCACCACAGCUCCUUGGACCAAUUGCGUGAAGAGAAUGGGGAAAAGAAAGCAAUGGAGCGAUUGCUGUCUGCAAAUCACAGCCACAUGAUGGCACUGCUGCAGCAACUGCUGUACAGUGAGUCGCUGUCUCUCUCCUGGCGUGACAUCAUUGUGCCUGUGGUGAGACAGGUGGUGCAGACGGUGCGACCGGAUGUACGUAGUUGUGAUGAUGACAUGGAUAUCCGUCAGCUGGUCCACAUCAAGAAGAUUCCAGGAGGAAAGAAGUUUGACUCAGCUGUAGUGAAUGGCUUUGUUUGCACUAAGAAUAUUGCACACAAAAAGAUGAAUCCUUACAUCAAAAACCCCAAGAUCCUCCUCCUAAAAUGCUCCAUUGAGUAUCUGUAUAGAGAAGAGACCAAGUUCACCUGCAUUGACCCAAUUGUGUUACAGGAACACGAGUUUCUAAAGAACUAUGUUCAGAGGAUUGCUGACGUUCGGCCAAACGUGGUGCUGGUGGAAAAGACUGUAUCCCGUAUCGCUCAGGAUAUGUUACUGGAGCAUGGCAUUACCCUGAUCAUUAAUGUCAAACCUCAAGUCCUGGACCGUGUGAGUCGAAUGACUCAGGGAGAUUUGGUCAUUUCAAUGGAUCAGCUACUGACAAAACCUCGCCUGGGUACCUGCCACAAGUUUUACGUGCAUUCCUUCCAGCUUCCAAACAAUGAACUCAAGAACCUGAUGUUUUUUGAGGGCUGUCCUCCUCAGCUGGGCUGCACCAUCAAGCUCCACGGUGCCUCUGAGUACGAACUGGCACGGGUGAAGGAGAUCAUCAUUUUUAUGGUGUGCGUGGCCUACCACUCACAGUUGGAGAUCUCUUUCCUAAUGGAUGAGUUUGCUAUGCCUCCCAGCUUGGCCGAGAACUCUUCCUUCCCAUGUCUGCUGGAAAGCACCACUUUGGAAGAAGAGGUGGAGACUCUUAGCGAAAGGGAGAGCCUGGAGAAUGAUGGCUCUACACUGGGGGAUGAGAACACCAUCUUUGCUACAGAUGAAGAUUUUGAGCCAGGGCUCCAAGAGGUAUUUAAAGUCCACAGUAGACAGCCGUCCAUCACGGAGUCUACUCAUAAAGAUGCAGAAAGCCCCAGAAAAAAUAAAAAUGGUCCAGUUGCUUUUUUCUCCGGAGUAGAGGAGAUGAUGAAGACCUCCACACCUGUUUCUUCUCGCUCAAGCCUUCCCCAGCCAGUGCUACCAUCUUUCUUUAUUUCAGACAUGAAGGAAAUGUCGGAAGAAGUGAUCAAGGAUCUAUGUGUGGAGGAGAAGAACAAAGAUCUCGAGGAGACUGUGGUGCCUCAUGAGAGCACAAGCUCUGAGACCUCCCUUCAGCCAGCUCGACUCUUCAGCGACCCAUUGCAGGAUGAUACAGGCAUGUUCGUGACCGAGCAGAUUGCCUCUUCGGAUGACCACCUCAAAUCCAUCUCGGCUUUAUUUAAACAGGAGCUGAAAGACAUUAUCCUCUGCAUUUCCCCCUUUAUUACCUUUCGCGAGCCAUUUUUGCUCACGCCAGCUGGGCUGCGUUGUCCUAGUCGGGACUAUUUCCCAGAACAAGUUUACCACUCACCUCUCCUGAACAAGGACUCCAAGGAGCUGGAUGGCCGGCGCAAGAGGCAACUGCUUAAAGAGUCUGGUCCAGGUUCUGGCAACCUAACAAACAGUGCUGGGUCGCACCAAAGGACCAUCCUGAUCUUGCCCUGUCACAAACUUACGAGUACCCGCAUAGCAAAGCAGCUAGGCAGCAGUCAGGAUCUGGCACGCAUGCUGGCCGACUACCGUGCCCAAGGAGGACGCAUUCGGCAGAGGGAAGGAAUGCAAUUUCGUGAAACCCCGCCCACUAAAGUGCCAGUAAAGGCUGACAGUGAAGAAGAUAAAGGGGCGGGACAAAAUGAAUUAACGUGGGCCACAAAGUUGGACUGUUUAAAUCCAAUCAAUCACCAGAGGCUCUGUGUGCUGUUCAGUAGCUCAUCAGCACAGUCAAAUAAUGCACCAAACCCCUGCGUCAGUCCCUGGAUUGUAACAAUGGAGUUUUAUGGAAAGAAUGACUUGACCCUUGGUGUAUUUCUGGAGAGAUACUGUUUCAGGCCCUCUUACCAGUGCCCCAGCAUGUACUGUGACACUCCCAUGGUUCAUCACAUCCGCCGCUUUGUGCACGGUAACGGCUGCGUCCAGAUUGUUCUGAAAGAGCUGGACUCACCUGUACCCGGCUAUCAGCACACAAUUCUCAACUACUCUUGGUGCCGUAUCUGUAAACAGGUAACUCCUGUGGUCCCUUUGUCGAAUGACUCCUGGUCCAUGUCCUUCGCCAAGUAUCUAGAGCUCCGUUUCUAUGGGCGCCAGUACACCCGUCGUGCCAAUGCUGAGCCUUGUGGCCACUCCAUCCAUAAAGACUACCACCAGUACUUCUCGUAUAACCAGAUGGUGGCUUCCUUCAGCUACAUCCCAGUGAGAUUACUGGAGAUCUGUCUGCCUCCUCCAAAGAUCAUCAUCAGAAACCAGGGGCCCUUGAAAGCCAACUUGCAGCAGGACCUUAAAGACUUCUCCCAAAAGGUUGCUCAGGUGUAUCUGGCCAUAGAUGACCGUCUCACCUCCUUAAAAACAGACACCUUCAGUAAGACCAGAGAGGAAAAAAUGGAGGACAUGUUUGCACAGAAAGAUAUGGAGGAAUCGGAGUUACGCAGCUGGAUAGAGAAGCUACAAGUGCGGCUGCAGACCAGUAUGAUAGAUUCACCACAACAACUACAGGCUGUUCUGGAGUCAGUGGUGGUCAAAAAACAGAGCUUGUGCGAGACACUGCAGUCCUGGAACAACAGACUUCAGGACUUGUUCCAACAAGAGAAAGGCAGGAAGCGUCUGUCUGUUCCUCCUAGUCCUGGCAGACACAGACAGGCUACAGCAGAUGAGAGCAAGACUAGUGCUUUGGAGUCCUCUCCUCGUAACCCCUCCCCUGUGGUCCCAAAUGGUGAGAAGGAGGACCGUCAUCUCAACACAUUUCCAUCAAGCUCAGGGUCAUCAUCAUCAUUACUGCAGUUACCAUCGCCAUCUGAACAGUUUUCAGAUCUCGUCACGUGCUGUCCCUCUUUUCAAGAACAGGACUCUGCUAUUGUUCCAGAGGAUAUGUUUGAUGGACACUUACUUGGUUCCAAUGACAGCCAAGUAAAGGAAAAGUCCACCAUGAAAACCAUCCUGGCCAACCUGCUACCAGGCAACAGCUACAAUCCCAUCCCUUUCCCUUUUGACCCAGACAAGCACUACUUGAUGUACGAACAUGAGAGAGUUCCUAUAGCCGUGUGUGAGAGAGAGCCCAGCUCCAUCAUUGCUUUUGCACUCAGCUGCAAAGAAUAUAAAACCGCCCUUGAAGAGCUUACAAAAACAAUGGCAAAGACUGGAGGUGACGACACAUCUCAGACCAUUAGUGCUGUAGAGAGCAGAGCAAAGAACAGCCCAGCCAAACCCAGUGACAACAGCACAUCACAGCUGGGCCGCAGCAAUAUAGAUGCUGAUCCACUCAAGGAGCCUGAAAGUGGAGACAAACAGAAGAAGCAGACAGGAAACCCACACAUUGAGCUGCAGUUCUCAGAUGCAAAUGCAAAGUUCUACUGCAGGAUCUACUACGCAGAAGAGUUUAACAAGAUGAGGGAAGAGAUUAUGGAGAGCUUAGAAGAGCACUUUGUGCAAUCACUCUCCCGCUGUGUAAACUGGCAGGCUCGUGGUGGGAAGUCUGGGGCAGUUUUCUACGCCACUGAAGAUGAUCGCUUUAUUCUGAAGCAAAUGCCCAGAUUAGAGGUCCAGUCCUUCUUAGACUUUGCGCCCUACUAUUUCACUUACAUUACAGGAGCAGUUAAGCAAAAGCGGCCCACGGCUCUUGCUAAGAUUCUGGGAGUGUAUCGUAUCGGCUACAAGAACUCGCAGAACAACACAGAGAAGAAACUGGACCUCUUAGUGAUGGAAAACCUGUUCUAUGGGCGAAAGAUGGCACAGGUGUUUGACUUGAAAGGAUCGCUGAGAAACCGGAAUGUGAAAACGGAGCACAGAAAGGAGAGCUGUGAGGUGGUGCUUCUGGAUGAGAACCUUCUGAAACUUGUGCAUGAUAAUCCUCUUUAUAUCCGCUCCCACUGCAAGGCCAUUCUGCGUGCUGCCAUCCUCAGCGACGCCCACUUUCUGUCCAGCCACCUUAUCAUCGAUUACUCCCUGCUGGUGGGCCGUGACGAUGCCACGGAUGAACUGGUUGUGGGCAUCAUUGACUAUAUCCGGACUUUCACAUGGGAUAAAAAACUGGAGAUGGUAGUCAAGUCUACCGGGAUUCUUGGUGGUCAAGGUAAAAUGCCCACAGUGGUGUCACCAGAAUUAUACAGAGCACGUUUCUGUGAGGCCAUGGACAAAUACUUCCUCAUGGUUCCUGAUCACUGGACGGGUCUUGGACUCAACUGCUGAUGGGCAAGAAAGGAACAGCACUGCUAUAAAGGGAUAUGCUGCUCUCUCGUGCUCUUCACAGUGAUUCUUUGGAAAUCUCAAAGACUUCACCAUAGUGCACCCCACAAUAUCCUCAAUGUUGUCAGAAGCAAAGACACACUGGAAAGAUUGAACUGAAAUAGAUGAACAUUUAAAACCCUUACUGUUCUUUUAUAACCUAUUAAUCUGAACUGUGGACAAUGUAAACGUUUGUCAUAAAUGUACAGAGAUAUGUAAUUAAAGAUUAUUAAUAUUGGUGAAAGGUUUCUUAUUAUUUUUUAUUAUUUUGUGUUUUGACACAAAUUCAGGAUUCAGGAAUGGCCAGUGUCAUGACAAUCCUGUCCACUCAUGCAAAAUGAUUCACUAAAUAUCCUAUUCACUUGAAUUUAGACCGUAUAAUUAAACAGACUCCUCUGGAAACUAGGGAGUGCUUCCAAAGUCAAAUGGUGGGUAAAAGGAAUUUGAUUCAAAUACAUUUUAUUGCUUUAUGUGAAAGAUAAGGAUUUUGUAAACCGCUUUUAAAAUGCAAAACCAAAUCAUAUAUUUUUGUAAGUGUUACACAUAUCAAAUGAAAUAAAGGGAUUUUUUUUUC